CCUUGAAACAAACAUUUCCAGAGUUGGUUGUUGUCAAGUUCAAGUCAGGUGGUUUGCCCACUAUAAAACUGACAAGUUCAGGUGUCAACAGUCAAAACGUCAUGUUCAAGAAUGGAAGUGCAAUGAGAAUGUGGAGGAUGAACCAAAGGACUUCGUUGUCAUUGUCAAAGAUAGAUUCACAAUUCAAGGGUAUUGAGAAACAAGUUGAUAGCUUGUUUACAACUGUUGAUUUUUUGGCUGACGAUCCGAGUCCACAAAGGUUUGAGAGUGAGUUCAAAGCUGUAGCAUUACAUACAACAGUCUUAGAUGAGACGAACAAAGAGAGCAUGGUGGUGAUGGAUGCUCUUGGAAAUAACAGACCUGACACUGCAUUGCAGAAAAUAUCAGACCACGAUUGUUCUAUUGCUGCUUGCUUUACUAGAAUGCAAGUGAGAGAGACGACUGUUGCAAGUGAUGUCUAUGACAAGCUUGAUGGGAUUAGAGGUAUUCAGAAGGACAUAGAGUUGAGGUUAUCACAAAGAUCACAAUUGCAAGAGUUAGCUACUCACCAUUGCAGAUUGAUAGACAGGUUGCAAACAAAAGUAGCUAAUCUGACCCUUGCCAGGAAACGCAAAGAACUCAAGCAAAUUGCUGCCAACUCUGAGAAGGAAAUCAAGGAAACAAAGAGAAAGAAAGAAGAAACAGUUAGUGACAUUGAAAAAUUGAAACAAAGAGAUGUUUCAGAUGUCAGUCAAAGAUAUGAAGCAGAGGAAUCGGGUAACGCGACACAUGAAAAAAGCCCUCAAACGGCUGACAUAUCAACGUCGACUCGUCCCAUCGAUCCAAUCGCUCACAAAAGACUCACAACUUCGUUUGCUCACGAACACUGCAAGAACGAGAUCAUUCAUCCAAACAAUGAACUCCCUCAUCAUUCUACUCAUGGUCUCCAUCGCCAUCACACGUGGCCAAGAACUCUCGAUGCCUUCCUACUACCUCAUAGAAGACGUCCAUUCGUCAUACGCCUACGACGCAUUGGGCAUCAGCCUACUCUACUGCACUUGGGAAGGUAUGUAUAGGGCUAAACUGACCGACUGUCCGAACAACGACGUCGGCUGGGGUGGCGUUGCCAAUUUCGACGUGAGCAACACCGGAGUCAACCCCAACGACGACAACGAGUUGAGGAUUCCUUUCAAGACUAAAUAUAUCAGCACACCGCCCAUCUGCUCGUUCUCGUUCGAAGGAGAGGAGUUCGCGCUCGACACCUACAUGACGCGCAUUGCAACGCAAAGCGACAGAGUAAGCGUCUACCUAUUCAAUUCAUACGGAGACAAGCAGAGCUGGAGGCACGUGAAGACGAAAAUAUCCGUCAUCUGCUACGGUCCGACUGACUCGUCUACACUGCAAGGAAGGAAGGCGAUAUUGAAGCAAUUGCUAUUGCGCAGAAAUAAAGAAAAACGUCCGCUGCGCGCAGUGUAAAGAGAGCUUGAGCAGAGACUGGACUCUUUCAAGAGACAUGAGUAGCUAUAGAAACUAGAAACAGUGUGUGUGUGUGUGUGUGUGUGUGUGUGUGUGUGUGUGUGUGUGUGUGUGUGUGUGUGUGUGUGUGUGUGUGUGUGUGUGUGUGUGUGUGUGUGUGUGUGUGUGUGUGUGUGUGUGUGUGUGUGUGUGUGUGUGUGUGUGUGUGUGUGGUGUGUGUGUGUGACCAUGUAUGUGUUCUUACUGUUACGCAUGA